CCUGGGGGUUAUCACUCAGUUUUUACCAUUAUUGGUUGCUUUGGAUGCAGGAUUUGUUUGCUGUCAGUGCAAAUAUAAAUCUUCAGUUUCUCAUUCAGGUUUCACUCACAAUAUUCCUUUAUAGAUAACAAGAUGUCUCCUGUUUAUUUCUUAAAGGUAGAGUUUGAAGAUGUUGGGAACAGUUUAGAUGCUUCUUCAGCAGAUUUAACCGUAAUAAAGGAACUUGAAGAGUUACCUUUGGAGCCAGAAAAUGAGAAAAUACUCGACAUUUUGGGGGAAACUUGUAAAUCUGAGCUACUUAACGAAGAACCUCCCGAAGCGGAGCGGCCGCGUGCGCAGGAAGCCAGUAACGCGGGGCCAGGCAAGAGGCUGGCUGAGGAAGAGGACGCUCUCGCUGCCGCUCAGCUGGAGGAAGAUGCUUUAGCUUUGGACAGCAAAUCGGCCCAAGCUUUGGCAAGGAAGGAAGCAAAGCGUUUAGUGGUAGCAAAAGGGGAGACAAGUGAACAGAGCCCCGAGGAAGAGGCCCCGGACUCUGAAGGUGUAGUGGUAGAGACCCUAAGCGAUCAGAGUAGCAAACGCUCCCAAGGCCUGGAAGCCUCUAGUGGGGAGACAGCGGAGAAAGGCGCAGGUGCCGAAGCCAGAGAUAGCAAAGAAGAUGGCAAGAGAGCAGAAGACAAAGCUAAUUCUGAGGAAUCUUCCCCUGCCACUAAAGAGUCCUCAGCCAGUGAGGGCGGUGAUCAGAAAAAGAGGUUUGUUUUUUCUCCGUUCUAGACCAGAUGCUAUCUUUUAUCAUUGGUCCUUAAGUGAUGCGAAUAAGCUGUUUCCUUCAAUUGGCCUCCGAGACUGAUGAAAUUGUAGCCUAUUCCUAAAGGUCUCUUUUAUUUCUC